UACAGCCCUCGCCCGUAGGCAGUCAAGCGUAGUCAGUGCUCAGGUUCAGUCUGGUCAGGCCAAAGGAACCUCCUCCUCUCAAUUGAAUCUCCAAAGGAAUACACAAGGAUGCUUAAAGUGCAAGGAUCGAUGCUGCUUAUGCUGCUGCUGCUGCUGGUGGCGGCGAGCAGGAGUCGCGCGGAUCUGCUGGACUGCGAGGAGAAGCUGCCGGCGGUCAUGUCGGAGAUUGGCGACAAGUUCUCGGAGAUGACGGGCAGCAGCAGCAAGUCGGAGCAUGAGGUGCGCGAUUUCUUCAAGAACGUCGGCUGCCAGAUCAAGAACGGAGCCAAGGCGCUGGGCGAGAAGGCCAAAGAUUUGGGCGCUGACAUCUCGGCGGGCGCCAAGAAACUCAAAGAGCGCUUCGAUGACUUUCGCGACAGAAUGGCCAAGGAUUCGGCUGAGGAAAUGAGCAAGGAUCGCGGCUUUUUGGCUAACGUCGAGAUUAUCAAUCCCGAUUUGCUCAAGGGGGAGCAGCAGUGCGGCCAUGGGCAUCUGCUGGAUGCUUUGGGCAAAUGCAGCAAGUUGAGAAAGUGAUUAUCAGUUUUUUCGUUUCUUCCAUUAUUUUUUUUUUA